GGAAGAGCCACAACUCAGGAAGGGAGAGGGCCGCUGGAGGCCAAGAAGAACAGGGCCAGGAGGGCAUCGAGGGCCAGGCAGGGCUUCUGACCCUGGAGGCUGUGAAGAGAAGCCGGCUGGGCCUCAUGAAACCUUGGAGCAAAUUCAGCAUUUCCAGAAGGUCUCUGACGUUCCACGCACUUGUUGAACUCUUCCAGCCCUGGAGUGGGUGCCCAGAAAAGAGAACAGUUCCCAUACUGGUGGGAACUGCCUGCCAGGCGCCUUACCCCGUGGGACUGGCAGACGUGACACAGACAGCAGACACUUCCUCAUCUCUCCAGGACCUUUAACCCAGUGGCCUCUGUGUGAGCUGGGGCUUUAGCCAAGCAUCGGGGAGCCAAGACUCGGAUACGCAAGCAGUUUCUGCAGGCAGUAUGUUUACACAGGGUGUGAAGCCACCUGACUACAGCCGAUCCACACGAGGGCACCCUCAGGCAUUCUGGCUGGGGCCCACCGACUCUUACAGCUGGCACAUAGUACAGCUCCAUUUGGAGGACUCUCCAACCAGACCAAAAGAGAUGAGAAAACUGAGGUCCAGAGAAGCUGUGCCUUGCUCAAAGUCACACAGCUAAAUAGCACCAGAGGUGAGACCAGAAACUAGGUCUUUCCACAACUCUCAGCUCAGAACUCUUUCCAAAGGGCCACCCACCUAUCUGAGCGCCACAUCUCAAUUUCUAUUUGAGACUCUACCUAGCUUUUGUGACUUUCCCAUAUUUGCACCCACGACUACCAUCCUCCCAAACCUGGAGCCUAGGGUUUAGGAAAGAAAACACUGAGCACAGAAGAGAAAGUUUCAGGCUGGGCGGUUUGAACCUUCCUCUUAAAGAAAAGGUUGCGCUCUACACCUUGCGUUAACUCUUCCGGUACCGGAAAGGCUGAGGCCGUUAAAAAGAAAAAAAAAAAGGAAGAGUGGUCCCACUCUGAACCGAUAGAGUGGAAUGCCCGCCUCCUGGUGCAGCAGCAUCAAUGAUAGAUGGGGAGUCACUUGUCACAGGGCUGUGGGCGGGGGCCAGGCCCCGCGAGGGCCGCGGGACCGGAGGGUGAGCGCGGCUAAGCGCAGGCUCAGAGAAGACAGCCUGCAGGAGGUGAUGGUCAAAGACCCUGGGAGAAGGUGGCCAGUGGGAGGAAAGGUAGUCACUUGGAGACGAGGCAGAGCUGCAGGAAGUGAAGGAUUCUGGAGGUGACAGCAAGGAGAGCACACAACUGCGAGGGGUGGCUGAAGCUUCUGUGCGAACACCGGCCGGGUGCGAGCUAGGAAAGGAGGGCAGCGCGCCGGCGCCGCCGGAGGGUCCCGCCCGGGCGUGAGGGGAGUGCCAUGUCUCGCGAGCGGCAUCCCAGCACCGACAUCCCCCGCAACCUGAGCUUCAUCGCCUCACUGACAGAGCGCGCCUACUACCUCAGCCAGCGGCCCAGCCUCGGGGAGGAGCCAGAGGAGGAACCAAGCGAGGGAGGGACGCGUCUCGGGGCCCGAUCCCGAGCUCCAGGUCCCAGUCGGGGGCGCCGGGCUCGUUCUGCGCCCGCCGGAGGCGGCGGGACCCGGGCGCUCCGCAACCACAGCCCCGAUACCCGUAAGAGAGUGCGUUUCGCUGACGCACUGGGGCUGGAGCUGACAGCCGUGCGCCGCUUCCGCCCGGGAGAGCUGCCCCGGGUGCCCCGCCACGUGCAGGUCCAGCUGCAGAGGGACGCCCUCCGCCACUUCGCGCCGUGCCAGCCCCGCUCCCGAGGCCUCCAGCUCCUCCUUUCCCUACAGGAGGCGCGCGCCGCCCUGGAGCCGGCCAGCGAGCCGGGCUUCGCCGCCCGCCUGCAGGCUCAGCGCAUCUGCCUGGAACGCGUCGAGGCGGGCCCGCUGGGCGUGGCCGGGAGCGCGCGCGUGCUGGACCUGGCCUACGAGAAGCGCGUGAGCGUGCGCUGGAGUGCAGACGGCUGGCGGAGCCAACGAGAGGCGCCCGCCGCCUACGCCGGCCCGGCCCCACCCCCGCCGCGCGCCGACCGCUUCUCCUUCCGCCUGCCGGCGCCACCCAUUGGAGGUUCCCUACUCUUCGCCCUGCGGUACCGCGUGACGGGCCGCGAGUUCUGGGACAACAACGGCGGCCGUGACUAUGCUCUGCGUGGGCCGGAGCACCCGGGCAGUGGCGGAAACCCGGAGCCCCAGGGCUGGAUCCACUUUAUCUGAGACGCAGGCGGCCAACGGCGGAAAAAAAUCAAAGGCACCAGAAGGGCUGGGAGAUCCCAAACAUUUGCCUGGGAGGAAUGGGAGAAACCGGGAUUGGCGGGGAGCUGUCCUAGAGUCAAGUCAGGGAGGGCGAGGAGAAUGGGAGAAACCAAAGGGGUGUAGGGAGUGGGUGGACUUAAAGCCGAGGAGACUGGGGUGGAUGUGAGUGGAUGAACCCACGUCAUAGAAAAGGGAGACGGAAGGGGUGCUGGAAUAUUAGGAAAGAAGCAAAAGGACGAUGGUGACGUUCUCUUCCGUGAGUGGGUACUGGGAGAAAGUGAGUAGGUGGGUCAGGCCUAGGUAGUCAGAGGUUGAGGACACCUCUUUGGUACUCAGGAGGUAUUUUAUGUGAACUAGAAACAUACCGCAGUUGAAAUCAUUUAGAUUGAUGGUUCACUCCCUCUUACUGGUCUUUGCCACCCCAGGUCCCACAGCCUUUCUGUCCUAGCUUUAACUCAGCCAUAGUUACCUAGCUUAAGUUCCAGGAAUUUGGCCAUUGCUCCCCAGGCCCCGGCAUUAAUGACAGGAUUCCCUUGUCACCCCUGCAAUCCCUGGUUUCUGGUUUCGGUCUCUGCUUACUGGCUGGGGAGUGAUGGCUGGUAACAGAGCUCCUUCCUCCAGGCAGUCCUGGGAUGAAAAUGAAAGCAAAACCAACUCCAGGCCUUGUAGCUAAAUAAUGUGGUGCCUAAGGGGUGAGUGCAAUCAGGGAAGGGGUGAGUGCAAUCAGGGGCUUCCAGAAAAAUGCCAGCCUUACCUUUCUGGGUGCCUUCUGAUGACCUCUAAGAACUUUAUGGAUUGUAUUUGUGAAGGGACAAGCGAAACACGGGACUGUUUCUGCCUCAGAAGAAAAGGAAAUCACUGACUAGCUGGAUAACUUCGGGCAAGUUACUUCACCUCUCUGGGCCCCCGUUUCCUCCUUGAGAAACAGCAAUUGGAUUAGUUGAUCUUUUAGGCCCCUUCUUGCUCUGACAUUGUAUGAUCUGUGAGGGGCAGAAUGUGAAUUAGAAGCCACAUUCUCCAGCCUGCAGUUGGAGUGCUUACGGUUCAGAACACACAGCACCCCAAGUGUCUGGUUGGGCCUGAGAAUGGUCCUCCAGUUUUUGACACAUGUUCCAGAGCCCAGGAAACAUCCCAUAACCAGCCUGAAGUCUCAGGAUAUUCCAGGGCCUCUUUCAAACCACAGCUCAUCCUCUGCCCCCUUGCUUUUUGCUCUUGCCCCACAGACUUCCAGCCUGGGUGCUAUGAGACAGCUUGUGGGAGGUGCCUCUUGGGGAAAAUGAUGCUUGGGAGCCCCUAAGAUGAAACAGUGUUGGGGACUUUCUUGAGGUUAAAGGAUUAUUGGUAUAAGAAAUGGGGAAAAAAAAAGAAAUGGAAAACAUUUCAAAUAAACAGAGCAGCUUGAAAAUUAAAUGGUGCCAGAAGAUAGCAGUCUGUUCCAUACCCUGAGCAAGUGAAUGGGAAAGCUGGACUCUCCUACCCAUUCCCAUUCAUGCCUUAUGUUUCCUGGUUAACCUCUGCUGGGUGUUUGUUUUUUCGCUCCUUUCACCCUGUUUCUAAGCUCUUCUCUUUCCUUCUGCCCCUCUCACCAUUUUCAUUUUCUUUUAGCAUGUAUGGUAUUUACCUUCAUUUCCUCUAAUUCCAUCUGCCUCCCUCUUCAUCCUUGUUGAUCUCUGCUAUUCCUUCUCCCUCCAGAAGGAGUGGAGAACCUGCUUCCUUUUCUCCAAGACCAUGGUUGGUCCACUUUCCUCUCUCAGGCUCCUUCUUGACAGUCUCCUAGAAGGGAGAAGAAGCAGUUCCUGAUGCUACAGAUGAGCAUGGAGCUCCCAGGUAACCAGCUCCCCCAAACCCAUUUCUUUCUGUUACUGAUUUCUCGAAAACUUUUGGAUUCCCCUUUUACCACUCAGUGAGAGAAGGUAGACACACAUGUGCCCAUACACGCAUUCAGAAUAGAGUAUGGGGCUUGUUUAUCGUGCCCCUCCUCUCCAAAACCCUAAUUCUUUAAAGAAAAGAUUAAAAGAGAAACCCCAAGUCACUCAAAUGCCCACUUAAAUGUUAUCCUUAUCUGAUAAAGAAAACAAAGAAUUUCAUGUAUCUUGUGGAUCACCUUCAGGUCAGAGUUCCAGCAGAGUGAAGAGACAAAGUGUACUGGAAGCCACCAAGCAAUGCACUUUUUAGUCACCAAUGAAGAGCCCAAGGGAGGAUAAUGGAGCGGGAGGGUUGCUUAUUGUGUAUGCAUGACUGUUACCUUGUAUUUAGCAAACUCAAGAGCCCACGUUAUUUAUCCACUAAAAUCUGGUGCCUUGCAUGCAUUAUCAUCCUCAAAACAACCCUAUGAAUUGAGUAAUGUUAUUCUUGUUUUAGAGAGAAAACAGUUCAGAAAAGCUCAGUAAUUUAUUCAAGAUCACACAACUAGUAAAUGGCAGAGCUAGGGUUGUGAACGCAGGAGAUCUCCAGAGCCUCUGUGCAUAAGCAUGAUGUCAUAAUAUUUUCCUUUAAAAACAAAAUUAAAACCUUGCCAUUAAAAAAAAAAAACAACAAAAAACAGAAACCCUUGCCACAUAUCUCGUACUAGGAAAAGUUUCUAAUUGUGCUCUGCCUUCCCAGCGUCCCUAACUGGCUUGGGAAAGGCAAAGCACUGAGGGUCCCAAGCUUCAUCUGCUCCUUCCAGAAGCUUGCUGCUGCUUUCUGUGACCCUGUGAUCAGCAAGGAACCACUUCGCCUGCCUGCUGGAGAAUUUAGGAACCCAUGUGAACUCCAGCCUUCCCAUACACUGGGAUUCUGUUCUGGCCCUAGGUAGUCCACACCUGUUGACGUGCUGCGCACCUUCUUACCCUCCCUCCCCUCCGCCCGACUCUAGCCUUGAAUUGCCCAGUUCCCUAAUAUUUACACUGGAAGGGUUCAUGAACAGGCUAAUUGCUGGAUGGUCGGUCUCCUGGAGCCCGAAUAAUACUAAGGGCAUAAAUGCAAAUGGAUCUGGGGUCAGGGAACCAAAGAGAAUUCAUUGUUCUUGAGCUUUAUCUCUUAAGAAUUACCCUUGCUCACCCAUUCCUCUAUUCUCAGCUUUAUAGAGCCAAGACAUGAGUCUUGUGGUUUUUCCAUACAGAGUUGCUACAGGGUAGUGGUGGGAAGGUGGUAAGCUGCAAGUCAAAUCUGACGUGAGAAACACUAGGAAUUCGGCAGAAUCUUUAGAGGUGUGCCAUGUGUUAGGCACAGGACUUUCCUGUAAAGCGUGAUGACUAUGAACAGGAACAGUUGAGGGUAUAACCUGUCAGCCAUGGCCUGGGAAGUGCCACAUGAGAAAGCUGUACCAUGGUCACGGGCUGGGUCCCUGAAGCAACACAGCAGGAACGCUCCUGCCCUUUCCUCUCUCAUCCAGACCUCAGAUGUCCUUCCUACAUACUCCUCCUGUUCCUUUGUUUUCCUUUAUGAAUGUAGCUCAUCAUUUAUCUUAAUAAGCCCUAACUCAGCUUUCCAAUCUUAUCCCACAUUCCCUUUCUUCUAACUCCUGUUUCUCUGGAGCUCCUCUGGAUCUUGGCAAUCCAUAGAUCACAAUUCAGAGACCUGAAAAGGCUUGUCUUCUAGAUUCCUCUAGAGAUGAGGACACAGGUCCAGAGAUGAGAAGGGACACCAGCUGGGUCAGAGAAUUUGUUUGUACAACUGCAGAUGGGACUUAAACCCAAGCCUCCUGACCACAUUCUAUUCCCAGGCUACCGAAGAGUCCUCUCUCCACAGGGACAGACCCAUGAUUUUUCUUGGCAAGGGAUACAUCAGAAGUGUUUCAUUUUCUGCUUCUAGUUUCCAUUCCCUACUGCAUUCAGGCAGAAAGAGAAACAAAAGGGACCAGUAUAUCAUUAGCCUUGGCACUUGUUUCAGUGAUGUUGCUGAAGAACAGUGAAGUUGCUAAAACAAAGAAACAACUAGAUAAUCUACCCAUU